UUGUCAGCAAAGCCAACUCUGGCCACCCAGGCCGUCCACUUUGUCUUCUCCAGCAGCCCACUCCUUUGGUCUAAAUUCUACAGUUACGAAAAGGACUGGAUCAACCGUGAUCGUUUCGUUCUUGGCCCAGGUCAUGCCUCUGCCCUUAUGUAUUCCUUACUCCACCUUUACCAACGCGAACUCACAAUAGACAUCUUAAGCAAUUCCGUCAGUUACAUGCCAAGUGCGCUGGCCACCCAGAGCACUACCUCAUCCAUGAUGUUGAGGCAAACAACUGGCCCACUUGGACAGGGUAUUGGUUAUGCUAUCGGUAUGGCUGCACUUGAACUUAACCUUGCUGCUCGCUUCAACAAGCCAGACUUCCCAGUCUUCAACCACAAGGUCUUCGCCUUCGUUUUCGGAUGGUGA